AUGCACCUCCAGGCAGAGUCAAGCCUGUCUCGGGCUGUCACUUGCUUCAGGCUGUCACUUGCUUACUCAGCAGCUCCAAAGAGAGCCAGGGCCAACUGGGGUGAGAGCGCGGAGGGUGAGACCGCUCUGUCUUGGCCGGCCCUUGCUCCGGCCCAGCCCGCCGCGCUGCCCGUGCUAUCUGGCUCCCAGACGAUCUGCUGCAAUGCAGAGGCCUCGGGGAGAGUGAGUGGGCGAGCUCCAGUCCGAGACCAGGAAGGGGAGCUCCUGGCCCAGCGCCGCCUGGGGCUCCUGCCAGUCACUGCCCGCUGCACGACAGCCUGCCAGCCACCUCGGCCAGGGCUGGGGAAGCGGGUCCGCUUUCUCCGAACGGUGGUCAUGGCCUCCCAGCACAAUGCUGUGGGUGAGGAUGAUGCGUGGGGAUCCCCAGCGCAGGUCCGGAUAGGUGAGGAGCGCUGGCGGGAGGCACUCCUGGUGGUCUCGAUUAUCCGCAGCCACGGCGGGGCCGGGGCCAGUUCCAGCAGCUCCGGAGACCGGAGCGGACCACGCCCACUCACCACCGGAAGUGACGCGAGCGGUGCGUUCGGGCCCAGACGCUCGGACACGUUCCGGGGGAGGAGUCGGAACGCCAGGCGGGGACCUGGAGUAAAUGCCCACACCCGAACCUGCACGCACAGACCCGGAGGCGCCCAGCAGCCAGAGGCAGCGAGGCGUGCGCGCCUGCUCCCCGCCCCCGUCACGCCCGCCCCCCAGCCCUGCCUGAGGAGCAGAAGCCGAGGCGCCGAGGCGUUCGCGCAGUCACGCUGCCGCGCUUUCUGCUCCCAGGUCCUGCGCAGCCGGGGUUGUGUCAGCUCCCGGGACUUCCAGCGGCUCCGGGAAGAGCUUGAACAGGAGGUAGAGCGUCGGAGGCAGCUGGGGCAGAAGUCAGCUGCCAGGAGAGCCCUCAUUGCAAGCUCCUACCACCCAGCCCGGCCUGAGAUCUACAGCUCACUGCAGGAUGCAGCUCUGGCCCCUGAGUUUCUGGCUGCAAGCGAAUACAGCGUAUCACCAGGCGCAGACCUCAAGGGCCUUCUUCAGCGGCUGGAGACAGUGUCCGAGGAGAAGCGCAUCUACCGAGUGCCUGUGUUCACAGCAUCCUUCUGCCAGGCCCUGCUGGAGGAACUGGAGCAUUUCGAGCAGUCAGACAUGCCUAAGGGGAGGCCUAACACCAUGAACAACUAUGGGAUGCUGAUGAGUGAACUAGGUCUGGACGAGCCACUGGUGACGCCACUUCGAGAGCGCUUCCUGCAACCGCUGAUGGCCCUGCUGUUCCCAGAGUAUGGCGGGGGCUGUCUGGACAGUCAUCGCGCCUUCGUGGUCAAAUAUGCACUCGGCCAGGACCUUGAGCUGGGCUGCCACUACGAUAAUGCUGAGCUUACCCUUAACGUGUCCCUAGGCAAGGCCUUCACAGGGGGCGCCCUGUACUUUGGGGGUCUCUUCCAGGUACCUACAGGGCUGACGCAACCCCUGGAGGUGGAGCACAUGGUGGGCCAGGGUGUGUUGCAUCGGGGUGGUCAGCUCCAUGGGGCCCGGCCCCUGAGGACUGGUGAACGCUGGAACCUGGUCGUCUGGCUUCGAGCCUCUGCUGUGCGCAACCACCUCUGCCCCAUGUGCUGCCAGAAGCCUGAUCUGGUGGACGAUGAGGGCUUUGGCGAUGGUUUCACUCGGGAUGAGCCCCCCACGGUGGAUGUGUGCGCGCUGACCUGAGCCUGUGCACCAAGAGGUGGUGUCAGGGCAAGCGAGGGCUCUGCCUUCUUGAGAGAAAUAAACGGAAGGCACAGGCUGCUUGGGUCAGAAGGCGUGCUGGCUUCCGAGUCCGUCUUUCCGCACGUAAGCUGCUUUAGUGCAAGUUUGCUGGCAGCACAGCCUGGUGUGGGUUCUUGGAGUCUAGCAGUGGAGUCGAAGAUGUGGCUCCAAACAAUGCUGUUCAGCCUCAGCCUGACAGGCGGCUCUGAUGGAAUUCCUACCACAGCCAGCCCCAGGAUGGGGCAGGGCAGGGCAGGGCGGGCUCAGCACUUCCUAGAGGUCUACUUCUAGGGUGUGGGUGGAGCGCAGGAGCUAAGUUCAAGUCCAGCUUCUGCCACAUCCAACUCUUUCUGUGAGCCUCGGGACUCUCCCGCGCCUUGCGUGGUCUUGUGAGAAUCCAGUGAGUUGGCAGUUACAAAGCGCUCUAUAACAAAUAA